AUGGCAGCAGUGAAGGGCUGGUCCGACGUUGCGCUCACGCCCCGCGAGGAGGCGUACCCGGAGCAGAAGCCUUUCGCUGAGGCGAAGCUGAAGGUCUCGGACAUCCACACAGUGCACUACUGGCAGGCAGGAAACCCGGAGGGUAAGCCCGUCGUCUUCCUAUUAGCUGACGACAGACACGGCGGCCCCGGCGCUGGUACAAGUGGCAAGGACACGACUUUCUUCGACCCUGCGAUGUACCGUAUCGUCCUGAUCGACCAGCGUGGAGCAGGCAAGUCCACCCCCUCGGGCGAGAUCAGGGAGAACACGACGGCGGACCUGAUCAGCGACAUCGAGGCCAUUCGCUCCGAGCUGGGUAUUGACCGUUGGCUCGUAUUCGGCGGGUCGUGGGGCUCGACCCUCACGCUGGCAUACGCCGAGGCGCACCCCGAGCGCUGCGUCGGCCUCAUCAUCCGCGGCAUCUACCUGUCCACCAAGGCCGAGCUUGCGUGGACGUACACCUCUGGUGCGAACCAGCUGUGGCCAGAUUCGUGGGAGGCGUUCGUCGCCCACAUUCCCGAGGACGAGCGCGGAGACCUCAUGCGUGCGUACUAUGAGCGUAUGACCGGAAGCGACGCCAAGGUCGCCCAGGAAGCUGCCCGGGCGUGGAGUGUCUGGGAGGACAGCACGGCCAAGCUCAUCCCGGACCCGGCCUUCAUUGCGCGCUCGGAGGAUGACGAGUUUGCGCUCGCGAUUGGCAAGAUCGAGAGCCACUACUUCGUCAACUACGGCUUCAUGCCGGACGGACACCUCACGGCCGAGGACCAGAUCUCCAAGAUCCGCGACAUCCCCACCAUCGCCGUGCAGGGGCGGUACGACUGCGUCUGCCCCGCCUCCUCGGCGUGGAAGCUGAAGCAGGCCUGGGGACCAAAGCUGCGCACGUACAUCGUCGACGACGCCGGGCACAGUGCCCACGAGCCAGGAACCAAGCGCCUGCUCCUCGGCGCGACGGACGAGUUUGGCAAGACGCUGAAGUGGUAG